UUUUUAAUUAGUGAAAAGUGUCCUUUAAGUUUUGCUAUGGCAAAUUCUUUCGAUGAAGAGGUGCAGUAUAGAGUUGUGCAUAUGCGCUCUCCUCAACUCAAUCGUCUCAUGAACGAGAUUUACGAGACGGUGACGGCGGCUUGCAACAUGGACGACAGAAAGCCGUUCAGUUUCCCCACUGAGUCGACAGACGGCAGCACUAGCGAAGACUCAAUCAAACUAACAAGGAGUCUGACCGAGAAACGAAAGAACUACGUACGCCGAGUCUCGUCCCGAGUGGCCUACCUUGACCAGAACAACAUUAAGAGACCCCUACGCCAUCGGCACCAAACCUCAGUCUGCUCCUACAAGUCCGAAAUUAUAGACAAUCCGUACUCCACUUUCCGUUCCUGGAAAAGUUUCCGGACUUCGCGCUCGAAUUUAAACGAUUCCAAAAUGGCCGACACCACAGAGUCGAAAUUCAAUCUGACAGAUUCGACGGGCAAUAUAUUGUCUAUGAAGGAUGAGUUUGACAGUGACAGCAUAGACAAAUACAGCAUAGAUGAGAAAACGGGGUGCGUGGAUAUAGAGCUCCCUUUUGAACCUAGAGAGAGAGGGUUGUUCAAUAUUUGUCUAUUGGUUGGACUCAAUUAUAUGACGGGAGAGGCAUACGUCAAGAGUGUGUUUCCUAAUCAGGUGCAAGUACCACCCCAUAUAGAGAACCUAAUAUUUCCUGAGACACUAAGCGCUGCGUCCAAGGGAGAAUGGGCGGCUGAAGCUAAAGGGGCACAGUGCUAUUCCUUGGUACUGACUGAUGAAAGGGGAGAGCGGUCCUAUGGGUAUUGCCGUAGAGUGCUACCAGAAGGAGCUUCAACGUGUUUGCCCCUAUGUUACUGCCUCAUAGGCCGGUACAGGGCCCCAGGGUUUUACUACAAGGUCCUGCAAGAAAUCGAAUCUCACCACGGCAGCUCAGAAGUAGAAAUACAUUCCAUUCUCCAGCAGUUAUUCGAGACCGACUUCCCGAGCCCUGGAGAAGAAUUAUCCAUAACAUACAACCAUAAAUACGACUCGGAUAUCUGCAUAUCAGACAAAACAUACAGAAACUCCGUCAAUUUAGGCGAUAUACUCAAAUGCAAAACAAUGCCAGACAUGAGAAGAAGCGGUGGCAACGAAUUCUCGAACGAGCCAUCCAAUGGCUCGAAAGAACUCGACGAUGGCUCGAAUGAAGUCGGCGAUGGCUCGAAAGAACUCGCGAAUGGCUCGGAUGGUUCUGAGGCGAGGGAUUAUUCGGAUCUGCCCAAGUUUUUGGAUUUGGAAAACAAUAAUGGACCGAAGAAAGUCUUGUUGAGCUUGGAAAAUCCAAGGACAAGAAUAAUAAAGAGGCCUUUAGAGCCUCGCGUAGAUGAGGACAACCUGUCUACUCUGCUGGACUCGCUAGGCGCGGGGCUCGUCAUCAAGGUCUUCGGCUCUCUGCUGCUGGAGCGAAAGCUGGUCAUAUGCAGCGACCAGCUCAGCGCCGUAUCAUCCUGCAUGGAGGCUCUCCAAAGCGCCCUCUACCCCUUCGUAUGGCAACAGCCUCUCAUAGCAGCCAUCCCUUCUGAGAUACAAAGGGACGUGUUAGAAGCGCCCCUGCCUAUACUGGCUGGCAUGUUGAAGACUCAAGAGGUGGAUUACACUGGAGUUCUUUUUGAGGAGGGCAUGCUAAUAGACCUAACUCAUCCUUCCAAAGCGAUUUUCUACCAAGGCGACGAGUCUACCAUCCUCCCUACAACAUCAUAUAAGACUUUAAAAACCGCCCUACAAAUGGAGACAAACAAACAUACAAAUAAACUGGACAAUAAGACAAGAAAUGUGAUGAUAUCGGAGGCGUUUUUGCGGUUUUUCGUCGACAUUUUGGGAGAUUUUUGGCGGUUUUUCUCGGUGGGGGAGCUGAAAGAUGGGGAUUUGGGCAAAGGGAAUGUGGUUUUUGAUAAAGAAGCAUACAUCAAGAGCGUUCCAUCCAAACAGAACCAGUAUUUCCUCGAAUGGUUCACAGAGACAGCCAUGUUCAACCAUUUCAUCCAAAACAUGUCUGUGAGCAUACGUCUGCAGCCACAGUCACCGACCACUCCAGCCCUACCAAUGUCACUGAAAUUUGAGUUCGCUGACUCAAAAUUGGUUGACACACCACUACCUUUGUUCUAUGAAAUCUUCAACGAACGAUUGUGGAGAAAUAAAAGUGCUAAAAGUGUUGAUAAAAGUAACUACAAAAGUGCAGUGAAUAAAAAAGUGAAGUUGCUAAAGACUAAACUGAGGGAUUUGAUUACUUAAGUGUUUAUUGUGAUCUGUGAAAGGGUACGCAGAAAUGACUUAAAGGUAUAGUUAAUACAGUAAGAGUGGAGGCUACCAAAAGCAAAGAUUUGUAUCUAUAUACGCUCGCGCUGACGUCUUGCGUAUAGUCUGGUCCGUGAGCACGUAGAAUUUUGUCCAAUGACCCCAAGCUACCCAUCCUUAUCGCUCGCGCGUAAUUAUGUUGCUAUCGC